GUACCACUGUAUCUUGAAUGAUGAACUGAGGAGCUACUCACUGAACCAUGAGGCAAGGUGAGGUGACUGCCUCAGGUGGCAGGAUCCACAGAGGCAGAAGAUUAGGCCUUCAAGGAAUGCAGCGCCUGCUUCAGUGGUGGUAGCGACAGUUGAAGUGCUCCCCUUGGAGGCCAGAUUUAAAAAUUAACCGCCACAGUAGCCUGUUGGCAAAUAGGAGGCACUGCUGGUCUUCUUCCACACUUGCUCUCAAUGUAGAUUUUUAUGCUUCUCCCCCCCCCCCCCUUUGUUCCUGAUACAGAUCUUCACGCAAUCCUUCUUCUCUGGCCUGCUCUCAUGUUAAUGAAAUAGCAAUCCAGAGAAGUGUCGAGAGGCUUCAACAUGGCUUUUCAUGUGGCGGGACUGAUUGCUAUCAUUGUGUUCUACCUGGCUAUCCUCUUUGUUGGAAUAUGGGCUGCAUGGAAAACCAAAAACAGCGGUAGUGAUGGAGAUCGUAGGGAAGCUAUUAUAGUUGGCGGAAGAGAUAUUGGCUUGCUGGUUGGUGGAUUUACCAUGACGGCCACCUGGGUUGGAGGUGGUUACAUAAACGGGACAGCAGAGGCUGUGUAUGUACCAGGCUAUGGACUGGCCUGGGCCCAGGCACCCAUCGGAUAUGCACUUAGCCUUGUUGUAGGUGGUUUGUUUUUUGCAAAGCCCAUGCGUUCCAAAGGCUAUGUGACAAUGCUGGACCCCUUUCAGCAAAUUUAUGGAAAACGAAUGGGAGGGCUUAUCUUCAUACCUGCCCUAAUGGGGGAAAUGUUCUGGGCUGCAGCCAUCUUUUCUGCAUUAGGUGCCACCAUAAGUGUGAUCAUUGAUAUCAAUAUCAAUAUAUCGGUUACUAUUUCUGCCCUAAUUGCAACUUUGUACACACUGGUGGGUGGACUUUACUCAGUAGCCUAUACUGAUGUGGUCCAGCUGUUCUGCAUUUUCUUUGGACUGUGGAUCAGUGUUCCAUUUGCCAUGUCCCAUCCUGCAGUGACAGAUAUUGGAUACACAGCUGUACACACUGUCUUUCAAGAGCCUUGGCUUGGAAACAUUAAAAAACCUGACAUCUACAAGUGGAUUGACAAUUUCCUCUUAUUGACCUUAGGAGGAAUCCCAUGGCAAGCAUAUUUCCAGCGAGUUCUCUCUUCCUCUUCUGCUACAUACGCACAAGUGUUAUCCUUUCUGGCAGCUUUUGGAUGUAUUGUGAUGGCAGUGCCUGCCGUACUCAUUGGUGCCAUUGGCGCAUCAACAGAUUGGAACCAGACAGAGUAUGGUGAUUCAGACCCCAAAGACAACUAUGAAGCUGACAUGAUUUUACCCAUCGUCCUCCAGUACCUUUGCCCAGUGUAUAUCUCCUUCUUUGGCCUCGGGGCAGUUUCUGCUGCUGUCAUGUCAUCCGCCGACUCUUCCAUCUUAUCGGCGAGUUCCAUGUUUGCCCGGAACAUCUACCAGCUAUCUUUUCGGCAAAGUGCGUCAGACAAAGAAAUAGUCUGGGUCAUGCGAAUUACCAUUUUUGUGUUUGGAGCAGCAGCAACAGCAAUGGCCCUACUAGCUCAGUCGGUUUAUGGGCUCUGGUACCUCAGCUCUGACCUGGUUUACAUCAUCAUCUUCCCCCAGCUCUUGUGUGUCCUCUUCAUCAAAGGAACCAACACCUACGGCGCCGUUGCAGGGUAUCUGUUUGGUGUCAUACUACGAAUUACUGGAGGAGAACCGUAUUUGCACUUGCAACCCUUGAUUUUCUAUCCUGGUUGGGAUCAAGAACAGCAAAUUCAGAGAUUCCCUUUUAAAACAUUAGCCAUGCUUACCUCUUUCUUCACUAACAUUGGAGUAUCCUAUCUGGCAAAAUACUUGUUUGAAAGCAGCACUUUGCCACCCAAAUUUGACUUCUUGGAUGCCGUUGUUGCGAAGCAUAGUAAGGAGAACAUGGACAAGGCCACUCUUGUGAAAAGUGACAAUAUUGUUUUAAACGAGUUGGCCCCUGUGAACCCUCGGCACAGUUUGACUCUAAGCAGCACCUUCACAAACAAAGAGGCCUUCAGUGAUAUCGAUUCAAGUCCCGAUGUAUCCGCAGCAGAAGAUAAGUGACAACGGCCCAACGGAGGAGAGAAAUCGCUUUCACAUCCCCCACAAUGCAACAGGGUAUGCAACAAAGGGAGAUCAGAGGCGUUUUAGUUGAGGGAGAAAGAAUGGACAGGGAACAAGCAAACAAAAACCACUGCACAACCCUCUUCAGCUCAUUUCUAGGAAUAGUCUGUGGAAUAAAUUGUUGUGUUUUACGAUAAAAUGCGCUGGAAUAGAAUAAGUUGCUCAACUAGCAUUUGAAUGAAGCCAAGUAACUUAGUAUUUGGGAGGGGAAUGUUUGAAAAUAAAAAGAUUAAGUAACUUUUUUAUUUUAAAAUUACUUUUAUUCAGGUACCUGAAAGAAUCAACUAUAGCCAUAAUUAAUGUUCAGCAUCUGGUUCGGAGGAAGUGUAAUAAGCAAUCCCUACUACAGAUGAACAGAACCUCCCAUGCAAUUCAUUUGUUGCUUGGUUGUACCAUUUCAGUGUGUAGGACAGUACUGAAUGUUUCAAUUAAACUUGGAAAUGAACUGCGAA